AUCACGCAGUUUAGUUGAUCGGCCGGUUCCCAUACCGUCAUUCAUGCAGACGUCGCUUACGUGCGCGAGCCGGUUCAAAAAAAAAAAAAAAUUCACGUUUAUGUUUUGUUGUAAAGUAGAUGGAAAUAAUAAGUUUUAAUUUUUUUUAAUUUUUAAAUUCCGUACGUGUGUGUUAGUCCGCUGUUAAGUUUUUUUCUCAUUAUUAUUGAUUUUUUUUUUAUUUUCCUCGUGAUUUAAGAACAAAAAAAAAAAUGAAAUAAAAAAUGUUCAAGUGAAACAAAAACGAAUGGAAAAAAAAGGAAAUUUUCAGUAAUAACAAAAUCGUCACGACCGCACGCGCGUGUGUGCAACAAUAUAGUUGUUAUAUUUUGUUUAUUAUCAAAUAAUUUUUCCUCACUCGUUUGUUUGUUUGUUUUAUUAUUAUUAUAUUUUUAUUUUAUUUUAUAAGUGUUAAGUGUUAUUAUUAUUAUUACUUUUUUUUAAUCAUUCGUUGAAGAUCCGCAAGUGUGUUCGUUUCCGAUCGGUGAGAGAAAAAAAAUACACAGCAGAAUAAUAAGAAUAACACGCGCGCACGCUGUACAAUAGCGCACCACAGGACUUUGGUGGUAAGUUUUCGUCGCCAUCGUCACCGCCGCUGCAGUCGCGUCGGCCGUACACACUUGCACAAUGGAAUUGAGACGACCGAAUUGCUGUAAUUUGUUGAACAGUGUCAAAGAUUUAAACCCGUUGGAUUAAAUGAUGGCUUCUCCUACGCCGUCUCUAGAUUCGUUAUCCGGAUUCAACACGUUCGGCCCGGACUACAAUAGAUCAUUGUCAUCUAGCCACUCACCAACCGACUCAGAUAGCAGCGGUUCGGGCGUGUCCACAGGUGGCAGUGGAACGAGCAACAACACUGGUCCCCGCAAAUGCCAGUUGUGCCAUGAGAUAUUCUCAAACCCGCGAGUGCUUCCUUGUCUACACACGUUCUGUCACGCCUGCUUAGAGAAUAACCAGGAUCAACCGGAGAAAAUCACGUGCCCCAACUGUCACCAGGAGUGCAUCCUCACAAACCGCGGAAUAUCCGGACUGUUGCCAGACUUCACCGUGAACGGAUCGAUCGAAGUGAACCCGGACAAGUUUGCGGGCGUGUGCAAAGGCUGCAAGAAUCUCAACACAAACGUGGUAGCAUAUUGUUACGACUGUCAGCAAACGCUGUGCGCAAAUUGCAUGAUGGCUCAUCAAUUCAUGAAUUGUUUCGAAGACCACCGCCUGCACGGCCUGACGUUCGAGAAUGGUGACGACACGAAGAACGCGUUCAUACCGACCAGCGUGGGUGACCGCGUGGUGUUCUGUUCCCGUCACAAGAAUGAGUCGCUCAAAUAUUUUUGCCGCACGUGCAACGUACCCGUGUGUAAGGAAUGUACGCUCAGCGACCAUCAGUUCAGCAUGCAUGACGUGGAGCACCUGAGCGACAUUGGGGUCAAGCUGCUGGACAUACUCAACGGAACGGUACAGGAGAGCAAGGUCAAGGCAACCGACAUCCGCAACAUGGUUAAGAACAUUGAACACACAUCUAACAAAUUGCAGGUUCAGUACCACAAAGCACAGAACGAGAUCAACGAGACGUUCGCAUUUUACCGGUCCAUGCUUGAGGAACGUAAACAGGAGCUACUGAAGGAAGUAGAGAGCGUAUACAGCGCCAAGCAGCUGACGCUAAAUGAGGCGUCACAGAAGGGCUUGGAGGUGGUGGACAAGAUCUAUCAGACAGGCGAGUUUGUUGACCGUCUGACCAAAAACGCCAAUGUAGUCGAAUGCCUGCUGUUCAAGAAACUACUGGACUCCAAACUGCAGUCGCUGAUGAGCUACGAACCCGAUAACAGCGUACAGAACAUAUGCGAUCUGGAAUUCGUGUCCAACUAUCAGGCCAUACAGGUAGGCGUACGGAACACAUUUGGGUACGUGCGGUCCAGCACAGAACUGGGAGUGAUCGGACCAGGCAAACAGCCACCAAUCGCCCGUCCGACAAACGGGUCGUUGAUGAACGGAAACUCGGCAAUCAUCUCCAACGGUUGCAUGAAUGGCGGUGGUGGACCCGCAGACCUGCUGCAGCAGCACAACGGUGGAAACUGCACUAACGGUGGAGGCGGCAACGGAGGUAUCAUCGAACGUCCGUACUCUAACGGACUGACGUCCACUAGCCCGCUGUCAUCCGGCCAGUACGACACCAAUAACAUAUUAUCCAAGCGAUUCAAUAGCGUUAACAGUUUGGGACCGUUCUCGGCCAGCUCAAUCGGUGACUUGAACUUGAACGCCAUCGGCAACAUGAAUGGAAUUAACGGCAUGGGCGGUGGCAAUGGUGCCAAUGGCGGCGGCGGCGGCGGUGGUGGUGGUAUGAACAGCAUCAACCCGUACGAGAAAUGGUCCAAUGGCGGCAGUGGUGACAUAUUCCAGAACGGCAGCGCUGACUUCCCGCUGUCCAUCGACAAUAACGACUCCAUACUGGACCUGUCCAGCAAGCUGUUUACUGCGUCUAUAUUCCCGCCAAAGUCCCAAAUCAAGCGGCACAAGAUGAUCUACCACUGCAAGUUCGGCGAGUUCGGCGCCAUGGAGGGACAGUUCACUGAGCCCAGUGGCGUUGCAGUGAACGCUCAAAACGACAUCAUUGUGGCGGACACCAACAACCACCGAAUCCAGAUAUUCGACAAGGAAGGCCGAUUCAAGUUCCAGUUUGGCGAGUGUGGCAAACGGGACGGGCAGCUGUUGUACCCGAACCGCGUGGCUGUGGUUAAGCCGUCCGGUGACAUAAUCGUCACAGAGCGGUCGCCUACGCACCAGAUUCAGAUCUACAAUCAGUACGGACAGUUCGUCCGUAAGUUCGGCGCUAACAUACUGCAGCACCCGCGCGGCAUCACCGUCGACAAUAAGGGCCGCAUCGUGGUGGUUGAGUGCAAAGUGAUGCGUGUCAUCAUCUUCGACCAGGCUGGAAACGUGCUGGUCAAGUUCGGUUGCUCCAAACACCUGGAGUUCCCCAAUGGCGUGGUGGUCAACGACAAACAGGAGAUAUUCAUUUCCGACAACCGGGCACACUGCGUUAAGGUAUUCAACUACGAGGGCCAGUAUCUGCGGCAGAUUGGCAGCCAGGGCAUCACCAACUAUCCGAUCGGUGUGGGCAUAAACGCCUCGGGCGAGAUACUCAUCGCCGACAACCACAACAAUUUCAAUCUGACCAUAUUCACGCAGGAGGGCCAGCUGGUGUCCGCCCUCGAGUCCAAGGUCAAGCACGCACAGUGCUUCGACGUCGCCCUCAUGGACGACGGCUCCGUCGUGCUGGCCAGCAAGGACUAUCGGCUGUACAUCUACCGUUACAUUCAAAUACCUCCGAUGUUAAUGUAGAUCUCAUUAUUAAGCAUUCCUAAAAAUUAAAUUGAAUCAAGUCGCCAUGAAAAAUAAAAAAAUGUCAACGGUAUUUUUUUUUGUUUUGUGAAAAAAAAUCUGUUAACAUUUUUUUCUUUUCUUCUCCCCCACCCAAACUAAAAAAAGUUGUUCGCUCUCUUUGUGUCCACUGCUCAUCACACAUUAUUUUGUUAUGCAAAAAAAAAAAUGUCGCAGGUUUGUGCGCGUUUAUUAUAUACAUACAUAUACAUAUAUUAUCAUUAUGUCCUGAGCGUUUAAUGCCUGUCAGGAGUACAGUUACAUAAUUAUGUUUUUAUUAAUUGAGUAAAUUAUUAUUGUUUCAUUUUAGCAAAUUCACAGUGUAAACCUGUUACAUUUUGAGUACUUAAACCCACAGAAAAAUAUAUGUCAGUUAAAAAAAAAAAAAAAAAAAAAAAA